AUGUCCUUUUCAAAUCCCAAAGACCUCUCAAAACCAAGAUUGGAGAUACGUCUGCACCGACUCAGAGGAGAAACGUUGGCUGACGUAGUUUCCAAUUACAAUAGAACCCUGAGAUUUUCAGAGUCUGACCCGAGUAGAGAUGAAGACAGAUCAGAAACUCACUCAAAAAAACAAGACGAGGGCCCCAGACCAUAUCCCCGCAAGGCUUACAAAUGCAAAACUGAAGUCUACGAACAAGAAGGGUCACAAACUGACUCAGAAGAGGAAGACAGAGGCCCCGGGCCAUCCAGCGACCCAGCCUACGAGUGUGAAACUGAAGUCGACGAACAAGAAGGGUCACAACAUGACUCACAAGAGGAAGACAGAGGCCCCGGACCAUCUCACGACCAAGCCUAUGAGUGCGAGACUGACGUGGAAAGUCAAGACGAAAAUGAGCGAGACGACGAUGAAGAUGACGACAAUGAGAGCAUUGCCGGCCACGAGAGUGCAACAGACGUGGAUGAGCAAGACGAAGACUUAGGGGACGACAGUCACAAUGAGGAAGACAUCGAAGAAGAUCAACCAGAGGAGCUUGAACUUUCGGAGAGAGCGAGCGUGUACCCUGACACUUUUUCCUCCAAGAACGGCGAAAUAGUAUGGUCCAUAGCUGAGCGCAAUGAGUUGAGAUGCCUGAGAUCCUCUCCUCACCAGCCUGUGGGUCCUACUCUGGAGGCGAGAGAGGGGGCUCGAGACAUACUCUCCUCAUUUCUUUUGUUUUUCACUUCAAAUGUGGAGAGGCUGAUUUUGCUAGCAAGCAACCACCAAAGCGCAGGGAGUGCCUCAAAACCCAUGGACGAAAUUGACCUGAGGGCCUACGUGGGACUGCUGAUCUUGGCCGGAGUGUACAGGUCUCGAGGCGAAGCUCUAGCAAGCCUGUGGGAACCCGAAUGCGGACGAGCGAUCUUCAGGGCUACUAUGUCCCUAAAAACUUUCUACCGCCGCUCUGUGAUGCUCAGGUUCGACGAUCGUGAAACUAGAGCCUCCAGGAGCGCCACGGACAAACUGGCCGCAUUCAGGGAGGUGUGGGAAGAGUGGUGUGAUCGGCUUCCGAAGCUUUACAACAUUGGAUCCGAGGUCACAGUGGACGAACGGGUUGUCCCUUUUAAAGGACGUUGUUCUUUCAAGCAGUACAUCCCCAACAAGCCGGCCAAGUACGGCCUCAAACUGUGGGUUGCGUGUGACGCCCGGACGAGCUACGCUUGGAGAGUUCAACCGUACAUGGGCAAACCAACUUCGGGCGGUCGAGAGAAGAACCUCGGGUCGCGCGUUGUGUUAGAUCUCGUCCAGGGACUGGAGCACCGCCACGUAACAUGCGACAAUUUCUUCACCUCGUACCCUCUCGCCACUGAGCUGCUGAAACACAACAACACCCUGCUAGGCACGAUCAGAAGCAACAAACCCGAACUGCCUCCUGAGCUGACGUCUGUCCGCGGGCGGGAGGUGUUCUCUUCCAGGUUUGCCUUCACAGAUGUGGCCACAUUGGUAUCCUACGUGCCCAGAAAGAACAGAAAUGUUCUACUCCUGAGCACUAGGCACUCGACGGUCGAAAUAUGCCAUGAGCGGAAGAACAAAAAACCAAGGAUUAUCUUGGAUUACAAUGGAACCAAAGGCGGCGUGGACAACCUUGACAAACUCUUGGCAACGUACAGCUGCAGGAGAAUGACCAAGCGUUGGCCCAUGGCUAUGUUCCACAACGUAAUUGACGUGUCGGCGUACAACGCGUACGUGAUAUGGAGGGAAACGCACCCUGACUGGAUGCCGGGAAAACGCAACCGAAGGAGACUGUUCCUGGAGCAGCUGGGCAAAGAUCUCAUCAGACCACUCAUACUGCGCAGGAAGGGAGUUCCGCGCACUAAGGAUGCCUACGAUCUCAUGGUCAGCAUGCGAGGAGACAGCCGUAUCGCCGCAGACGGGAAAAGAAAACGAUGUCAGAUAUGCCCGCGCUCCAAGGAUGCAAAGACGCGCACCUCUUGCAAGGGGUGCGGAAAGUACAUCUGCGGUGGCUGCACGGUCCCCCUUUGCCCAGUUUGCUCUGAGCGCGGAGAUGGGGACUCUGACAGUGAUCCCGCUGUCACGGCAUGUGGUGUCAAACGUAGUAACUUGUGAAACCUCAACUCCCACAGUCUGGUGCCGAGCUACUGAAAAUCUCGUCUGUAUUUUUUUUUUUCUUGUGUAACUGCAUGUUGUUCCUUGAAAUAAAGCUGAGAAUCACCUUCAAACAAAUGCAUUUGAGUCUGUUUUGUUAGUCCUGUGUGCCUUUUUGUAACUCCAUAAAUGAAGUAGUCCACACAAACGCUGGGUCUUUUUUGAUCAAAUAGGUCUGUUUCGUAAAAAAGACUUGUACAGACAAGAGCCGUUUGAUGGUGGGGCAUCGAUUGAUUUUAUUUUAUCAAAUACAUGUUUUACAAAUUUCCUCAUCUCCGUUGCUGAGGCAAAUAACUGGGAAGAAUGCACCACUGACAACAACUAAAUCAUUGAGUCAUCGUCUCCCCUCUCAAUUGUGUAGCGCCAUAAUGCUGAAUCGCAAGCGGUCUACAGCCUUGCGGAGAGGAAAGAGAGGUCGUGACGAUAGAGAGCACGGUAGAGAAGGAGAACUGGGGAAUGAGAACUCCUGCGAAUAUGAGUGUUCUCACAUGGACAUGAUCGCUUCGCUGAGACGUGAGAUCGUAGAACUGAAGGGCGCUCUGGACAGAAGCGAAAGGAAGCAUGAAGGGAGCACACUCUACAAACGGACCGACGUGCAGCCAGCCGUUCAAGAGUUAGGCGAGAACCCUAA